AUGGCCCGGGCAGCAAAUUUGAGCGGCAUAUUUGAAGCCUUAUCAGUCAUUCCCAAGCUUCAACAAGUUGAGAACAUCCGAAACAGAUCAACUUCUGUUAAUCUCUUAAGCAAGAAGAAAGAUGAAAAUGAAGAAAUCCCAUUUCAAGCCACAAGAAGAUUAGCUAUGGGCCUUACUUCUCUGGCACUUUUCAGCACCGCAGUCACGGGUGUCUCCCACGCAGAUGAUAAUGGCUAUUGGCUCGAUGGCCCUUUACCAGUCCCAACAGCCAAAAACAAGAUUACUAAUGAAGAAACAGGGACUCGAUCGUUUCUCAAGACAGGACUGUAUGUUGCUAACAUUGGUGGACCUAAAAACAGAAUGCAUAGGCUUAGAAGAUAUGCUUUUGAUCUUCUGGCAAUGGCGGAUUUAAUUGGACCUGAUACUUUGACUUACGUGAGGAGAUAUCUCAAGUACAAGUCCACAAUCAUGUACUUCGAUUUCGACGAAUUAAUCUCUGCAGUUCCUGUUAGUGAUAAGCAACCACUCACUGAUCUUGCUAAUCGGCUUUUCGACAACUUUGAAGUGCUUUUGGACGCUGUGAAAAGCAAUAAUCUUCCUCAGACUCAGACGGUUUAUAAAGAUACUGAAGUCAUUCUUAACGAAGUCAUGGCUCGAAUGGCCUAA